UGACUAUAUUACAAAACUUACCUACAUGAACUUUCAAUAGUGAUUUUCCCAAAAAGAUGAUGAAUCAUAGUUUUAGUAGCAACUGGAUUCUGUUGACACUUUUUCAUGGAAUUCUUUUGCUUGGCUUGAGCUCAGACUUGCCAUUGGCGGCGGCACUACCAACUUCUGCAAAUGAGACUGACCUAUCAGCUUUACUUGAUUUCAAGAAUAUGAUAGUUCAAGAUCCAAACCAAGUAAUGAGCUUAUGGAAGGAUUCAAUCCAUUUCUGCAACUGGGUUGGUGUCACCUGCAGUUCAUCUAAUGGAAGAAUCAUGCAUUUGAACCUCGCAUCUCGGGGGCUAGCCGGGCCUAUACCACGUUCUAUAGGGAACCUCACAUACCUUACUGGACUCAACAUUGCAAACAACAGCUUUCAUGGCGAAAUUCCGCAAGAAAUGGGACGUCUGUUGCGCCUGGAGAAGGUAAAUAUGAGUUACAAUAACUUUGGUGGAAGUAUUCCUGCUAAUCUUACUCAUUGUUCAGAACUAAGAGAAUUUGAUAUAAUGUUCAAUAAGCUUGUCGGACGGAUCCCUGACCAGCUAAGUACCUUGUCAAAAUUAGUUGUUCUGAAUCUUGGGGCCAAUAACGUUACUGGAAAUAUCCCAGCUUGGAUAGGGAACUUCUCUUCUCUGCUAGGUCUUUCCCUUCCACUGAAUAAUUUCCAAGGAAGCAUACCUGCUGAACUUGUCAAUAUACCGAACUUGGGUUUUUUACAGGUUUAUGGAAACAAUCUGUCUGGUAUGAUCCCUUCAUCAAUUUAUAAUAUUUCUUCCUUGUACUAUUUCUCUGUUACUCAAAACCAACUGCAUGGCCAAUUGCCUCCUGAUGUUGGCCUUACACUUCCUAAGCUGAGGAUAUUUGCUGGUGGGGUUAAUAGUUUUACAGGACCUAUCCCUGAGUCAUUGUCGAAUGCUUCCGGACUUGAGGUGCUCGAUUUUGCGGAAAAUGGUCUAACUGGGACAAUUCCUGGAAACCUUGGGAACUUAAAAAAGUUAGUUAGACUCAACUUCGAUGGUAAUACCCUCGGAGAUGGAAAGAUUGGUGACUUGAGUUUUCUAAGUAAUUUGUCUAAUUGUACUAGUCUUCAAGUAUUGGGUCUUGCAUAUAAUCGUUUUGGAGGAGAACUGCCUAGCUCCAUUGCAAACCUUUCAAGUCAGUUAAGAAUUUUAACUUUGGGUCAGAAUCGUCUCCAUGGAAGCAUGCCUUCUGGAAUUGAGAAGCUUACUGAAUUGACCAAUUUGUGGUUGCAAGGAGCCAAUUUGAGCGGGAGUCUACCUGAGGUCAUUGGAAACCUUCACAAGUUAGAAGGUUUAUUCUUGAAUUAUAACAGGUUUUCAGGGUUAAUCCCAUCCUCUCUAGGUAACUUGACUAAGUUGACUAGGCUUUAUGUUGAGGAGAACAAAUUGGAAGGAAGCAUACCUCCAAGUCUUGGAACCUGCACAAGUUUGCUGGAUGUGAAUUUCUCAAGUAACAAUCUUAAUGGCACCAUACCCAAACAGUUCAUUGGUCUUUCUUCUCUUUCAAUUGCUUUGGUCAUGUCUCAUAAUUCUUUUACUGGUUCACUGCCAGAUGAAGUGGGCAACUUGAAGAAUCUCAUGGAAUUGGACUUGUCCAAUAACAGAUUAUCAGGUCAAAUUCCCAGCAGACUUGGUAGUUGUAUUAGUUUGGAGCACCUACAACUGGAGGGUAACAUGUUUGAUGGAAUAGUGCCUCAGUCUCUGGAAACUUUAAAAGGUUUAGUAGAUCUUGAUCUUUCGCACAAUAGCUUAUCAGGGCAGAUUCCUGAAUUCCUCAUUAAGUUUUCAUCUCUAAGGCAACUGAAUCUUUCUUACAAUAACUUUGAAGGGGAAGUGCCACGAGAAGGAAUCUUUGCAAAUGCAAGUUCCAUUUCCAUCAAUGGAAAUGAUAAGCUCUGUGGUGGCAUCACAGAAUUACUACUACGAAAAUGUUCCGGGAAAAGAGAUCGAAAGCAUUUCUCCACCAGAGUAAUUGUUGUUGUAACAAUUUCAGUCAUCUUUAUGUUUGGUCUUCUGUGUUGUUUAUCCAUAUUUUGUUAUCUAAAAACAAAAAGGAGAAAAUCAACUGCAACUUCGUCUGAAAAAUGGCAAUUAGAUUUGUCUUAUCAAGAACUCAUGAGGUCAACAAAUGGCUUCUCCGUGGAGAAUUUGAUUGGUUCAGGUAGUUUUGGUUCUGUGUUCAAGGGAAUUCUUCCUGGUGAUGGAAAAGCCGUUGCAGUCAAGGUGAUAAACCUUCAACAGCAUGGAGCCUUGAAAAGCUUCAUUGAUGAAUGCAAUGCUUUGAGAAAUAUUCGACACCGUAACCUCCUGAAAGUCAUUACUGCCUGCUCAAGCAUUGAUCUUCAAGGUGAUGAAUUUAAAGCUCUGGUUUUCGAAUACAUGCCCAAUGGAAAUUUAGACAAGUGGCUGCAUCCAACACCUGGUGACCAUUAUCAAGCUAUGAAAUUGAGCCUUAUUCAGAGGUUGAACAUAGCCAUCCAUGUUGCGUCUGCUCUUGAUUACCUCCAUAACGAUUGUGACACGCCAAUUGUUCAUUGUGACCUGAAGCCGAGCAAUGUCCUUCUUGACGAAGAUAUGAUUGCCCAUGUUGGUGACUUUGGGUUGGCAAGGUUCCUCUCUGAAACAUCAGAAUAUUCCUCCAAAAAUCAAAUGCUCUCAGUUGGGCUGAAGGGUUCAAUUGGCUACAUCCCUCCAGAGUAUGGCAUGAGCAGCCAUGUUUCCAUACUGGGAGACAUCUAUAGCUAUGGGGUACUGUUGCUGGAGAUGUUUACAGGAAAAAGACCAAGUGAUGACAUGUUCACACAUGGUACUAGCAUUCAAGAGUUUGUAUCUCUGGCUUUGCCUGAACGUGUCAUGGAACUUGCGGACUCAACAAUGUUCGUUGGGAAUGAUGAACUGGAAAAUGAAGGUUACUCGGAAACAGAAGGGAUACACAACCAAAGUACAAUAGAGGAAUGCUUGGUUUCUGUGAUGAGAAUUGGUCUUUUAUGUUCUGCAACGCCACCAGCAAAGCGGAUGGCCAUGAAUAAUGUUGUCAAUAAGUUGCAUGCCAUUAGAGACUCAUAUAUGAAGGACAGGAACAAAAAUGUCAGGCAGACACAGAGGUUAAGGAAAAUGGUUUUGUAGUACCUGUUGGUUUUUGAGACUCAAGUCUGCCAUGUUUCUUAUUCUACUUAUGUUUAACUUGGUCAAUGUUUGACCAAGACUUGUUUUACUUAUAAACAAUAAUGUUGAUGCCAGGUAAACUAGUUUAGUCUAAGAACUAGGUUGUUGUCUUAACCUUGUUUUAUCUCUGUGUGUAAGAACUUGAACGUGUGCUUGAAGUUGUUGUUCUUUCUCCGUGAGAAUACAAAGAUUGAACUUGUUCUGUGUUA